AUGGGCGCCCCCAACGGAACCAGUAACGGCCACGGCAGCUCGCGAGCUGCCAAACAAGACAUCCCCUCACAUUUUAUCGGUGGUAACCACCUCGAUGCCGCCCCGCCAAGCAGCGUCAAGGACUUCGUGGCCAAGCACGAAGGUCACUCCGUCAUCAGCUCGGUUCUGAUCGCCAACAACGGUAUCGCUGCCGUCAAGGAGAUUCGCUCCGUCCGGAAAUGGGCCUACGAGACGUUUGGCAACGAGCGUGCCAUCCAAUUCACAGUGAUGGCCACGCCAGAAGAUCUGCGGGCAAACGCGGACUACAUUCGCAUGGCAGACCAAUAUGUUGAGGUUCCGGGAGGCACGAAUAACAACAACUACGCCAACGUCGACCUGAUCGUCGAUGUCGCUGAGCGCAUGGACGUGCAUGCCGUGUGGGCCGGUUGGGGUCACGCCUCGGAAAACCCCCGGUUACCCGAAUCCCUGGCCGCCUCGCCGAAGAAGAUCAUCUUCAUCGGACCCCCCGCAUCGGCGAUGCGCUCGCUCGGUGACAAGAUCUCCUCGACAAUUGUGGCGCAGCAUGCUGGUGUCCCUUGUAUCCCAUGGUCUGGAACGGGUGUGGACGAUGUGAGGGUGGACGAGCAUGGCAUUGUGACGGUCGACGACGAGAUCUACAACAAGGGUUGCACCUUCUCGCCGGAAGAGGGUCUGGAGAAGGCCAAGGAAAUUGGCUUCCCCGUCAUGAUCAAGGCUUCCGAGGGUGGUGGUGGUAAGGGUAUCCGUAAGGUGGAGAACGAGGAGGAGUUCGUCAGCUUGUACAAUGCCGCUGCCAACGAGAUCCCCGGUUCCCCCAUCUUUAUCAUGAAGCUCGCCGGUAACGCCCGUCACUUGGAAGUCCAGCUGCUGGCCGAUCAGUACGGUAACAACAUCUCCCUCUUUGGCCGUGACUGCUCCGUUCAACGUCGUCACCAGAAGAUCAUUGAGGAAGCGCCGGUCACGAUCGCCAAGCCAGUGACCUUCCAGGCCAUGGAGCGUGCUGCCGUGAGCCUGGGUAGGCUGGUCGGUUAUGUCUCCGCUGGUACCGUUGAGUACCUGUACUCGCACGCCGAUGACAAGUUCUACUUCCUGGAACUGAACCCCCGUCUCCAGGUCGAGCAUCCCACGACUGAAAUGGUGUCGGGAGUUAACCUGCCCGCCGCCCAGCUCCAGAUUGCCAUGGGUAUUCCCUUGCACCGCAUCCGCGACAUUCGUCUGCUCUACGGUGUCGACCCCAACAACGCCUCGGAGAUCGACUUUGACUUCUCCAACGAGGAGAGCUUCCAGACCCAGCGCCGUCCUCAGCCCAAGGGACACACCACUGCGUGCCGUAUCACUUCCGAGGACCCCGGCGAGGGUUUCAAGCCCUCUAGCGGUACCAUGCACGAGCUGAACUUCCGUAGUUCCUCCAACGUUUGGGGUUACUUCUCGGUUGGUACUGCUGGUGGUAUCCACAGCUUCUCCGACAGUCAAUUCGGUCACAUCUUCGCCUACGGUGAGAACCGUUCGGCCUCUCGGAAGCACAUGGUCAUUGCGUUGAAGGAACUGAGCAUCCGUGGUGAUUUCCGCACGACUGUCGAGUACCUGAUCAAGCUGCUCGAGACUCCGGCGUUCGAAGACAACACGAUCACCACCGGGUGGCUGGACCAGCUGAUCUCCAACAAGCUGACCGCGGAGCGCCCUGACACUAUUGUUGCUGUUCUCUGUGGAGCGGUGACCAAGGCGCACCAGGCUAGCGAGGCCGGUGUCGAGGAGUACCGCAAGGGACUGGAGAAGGGUCAGGUACCCUCGAAGGACGUCUUGAAGACGGUUUUCCCCGUGGACUUCAUCUACGAAGGCCAGCGGUACAAGUUCACCGCCACUCGGGCCAGUGUGGACAGCUACCACAUGUUCAUCAACGGUUCCAAGUGCUCUGUGGGCGUGCGCGCGCUGGCUGACGGUGGCCUGUUGGUCCUGCUGAACGGCCGCAGUCACAACGUGUACUGGAAGGAGGAGCCUGCUGCCACCCGCCUCAGCGUGGACGGCAAGACCUGCCUGCUCGAGCAAGAGAACGACCCGACUCAGCUGCGUACUCCUUCCCCUGGUAAGCUGGUCAAGUUCACCGUGGAGAACGGCGAACAUGUCAAGGCUGGCCAGCCCUUCGCUGAAGUCGAGGUCAUGAAGAUGUACAUGCCCCUGAUUGCUCAGGAGGAUGGUAUCGUCCAGCUUAUCAAGCAGCCCGGUGCUACCCUGGAGGCUGGUGACAUCCUUGGUAUUCUCGCCCUGGAUGACCCGUCCCGCGUGAAGCAUGCCCAGCCUUUCACCGGUCAGCUCCCUGAAAUCGGUGCCCCUCAGGUUGUGGGUAGCAAGCCUCCCCAGAGGUUCUCCCUCUUGCACAGCAUCCUUGAGAACAUCUUGAAGGGAUACGACAACCAGGUCAUCAUGAAUGCGACCCUGAAGGAGCUCCUCGAGGUUCUUCGCAACCCUGAUCUUCCCUACGGUGAGUGGAAUGCUCAGUCAUCUGCUCUGCACUCCCGUAUGCCCCAGAAGCUCGACAGCCAGCUCCAGAACGUUGUCGACCGCGCUCGCGCUCGUAAGGCCGAGUUCCCCGCCAAGCAGCUCCAGAAGACCAUCCAGCGCUUCAUUGAGGAGAAUGUCAACCCUGCCGACGGCGAGAUCCUCAAGACCACUCUUCUCCCUCUGACGGAAGUCAUCAACAAGUACCUGGAGGGAUUGAAGGCCCAUGAGUUCGAUGUCUUCAUCGGACUCUUGGAGCAGUACUACGAGGUGGAGGCGCUGUUCGCUGGACGCAACUUCCGGGACGAGGACGCCAUCCUGAAGCUCCGUGAAGAGAACAAGGAAGACAUCACUCCCGUUGUUCAGACCGUGCUUUCCCACAGCCGCGUCGGUGCCAAGAACAACCUGAUUCUCGCCAUCCUGGCUAUGUACCGGCCCAACCAGCCGGGUGUUGGCAAUGUUGCCAAACACUUUAAGCCCAUCCUGAAGAAGCUGACCGAGCUGGAGUCUCGCGCUGUUGCCAAGGUCACUCUCAAGGCCCGUGAGCUUCUCAUCCAGUGUGCCCUUCCCUCACUGGAGGAGCGUCUGUCUCAGAUGGAGCUGAUCCUGCGCUCUUCGGUUGUGGAAUCUCGUUACGGUGAGACCGGCUGGGACCACCGUGAGCCCGAAUUCUCUGUGCUGAAGGAGGUUGUGGACUCGAAGUACACUGUCUUCGACGUGCUGCCCCGAUUCUUCGUCCACCAGGACCCCUGGGUCACCUUGGCUGCUCUCGAGGUCUACGUGCGCCGCGCUUACCGUGCCUACACCCUGAAGGGUAUCCAGUACACCCAGGCUGGUGAGCCUCCUCUCCUGUCUUGGGACUUUACCCUCGACAAGCUCGGACAGCCUGAGUUUGGCUCCAUCAACUCGACCGACCCGUCUACCCCUAGCACGCCGACCGCCGAGAUGAACCCCUUCAAGAGGAUCAACUCCAUCAGUGACAUGUCUUACUUCAUUGGUGACAACGCCAGCGAGACGAUGAGAAAGGGUGUUAUCUUCCCCGUGCAGUACCUCGAGGACGCCGAGGAGUACCUUCCCAGAGCCUUGGAGGCUUUCCCUCGUGCUGGUUCGAAGAAGAAGCCCACUGACAAUGGCCUCCUUGCCAGCCUGGAGGGCAAGCGUCGCCCUGCUCCUAAGGUUGAGAACGAGAGUGAGCUUACCGGUGUCCUGAACAUCGCUAUUCGCGACGUGGAGGACCUCGAUGACAGCCAGAUUGUCCAGCAGAUCAACGGAAUGCUUGCCGACGUCAAGGAAGAGCUGCUUGCUCGUCGCGUCCGCCGGGUCACUUUCAUCUGCGGAAAGAACGGUAUCUACCCCGGAUACUUCACUUUCAGAGGACCCGCCUACGAGGAAGACGAGAGUAUCCGUCACAGCGAGCCUGCCCUUGCCUUCCAGCUGGAGCUCGGCCGUCUGUCUAAGUUCAAGAUCAAGCCUGUCUUCACUGAGAACAGAAACAUCCACGUUUACGAGGCCAUUGGAAAGGGCCCCGAGAACGACAAGGCUGUGGACAAGCGUUACUUCAUCCGGUCUGUUGUUCGUGCCGGCCGCCUCCGUGAUGAUAUCCCCACCGCGGAGUACCUGAUUUCCGAGGCCGAUCGUCUUAUGAACGACAUUCUUGACGCCCUGGAGAUUAUUGGCAACAACAACUCCGAUUUGAACCACAUCUUCAUCAACUUCUCUCCUGUUUUCAACCUGCAGCCCAAGGAUGUGGAGCAGGCCCUGAACGGUUUCUUGGAGCGCUUCGGUCGCCGCCUCUGGAGACUUCGUGUCACCGGUGCUGAGAUCCGCAUCCUGUGCACCGACCCUGCCACCGGCCUCCCCUACCCUCUGCGUGUGAUGAUCACCAACACCUACGGAUUCAUCAUCCAGGUGGAGCUGUACAUCGAGAAGAAGUCCGAGAAGGGCGAGUGGAUCUUCCACAGCAUUGACGGUGGCAACAACAAGCUCGGCUCUAUGCACUUGCGUCCGGUCUCGACUCCUUACCCGACCAAGGAGUGGCUGCAGCCUAAGCGUUACAAGGCGCACCUCAUGGGUACUCAGUACGUGUACGACUUCCCCGAGCUGUUCAGACAGGCCUUCCAGAACAGCUGGACCCGGGCGACUGCCAAGAUCCCGUCCCUUGCCGACCAGCGUCCCCCUGUUGGCGAAUGCAUCGACUACAGCGAGCUUGUCCUCGAUGACUCCGACAACCUGGUCGAGAUCUCCAGAGGCCCCGGCACCAACACCCACGGUAUGGUUGGUUGGAUCGUCACCGCUCGUACUCCCGAGUACCCCCGUGGCAGACGGCUCAUCAUUGUUGCCAACGACAUCACCUUCCAGAUCGGUUCUUUCGGUCCUCAGGAAGACAAGUUCUUCCACAAGUGCACUGAGCUGGCCCGGAAGCUCGGCAUCCCUCGCAUCUACCUUUCUGCCAACUCUGGUGCUCGUAUCGGUAUGGCUGAUGAGCUGAUCCCCUACUUCUCCGUCGCCUGGAACGACGCCGAGAGGCCCGAGGCUGGAUUCAAGUACCUGUACUUUACUCCCGAGGUCAAGCAGAAGUUGGAUGCCAGCGGCAAGAAGGAGGUCAUCACUGAGUUGAUCAACGAUGAGGGCGAAGAGCGCCACAAGAUCACCACCGUCAUUGGUGCCCGCGAUGGUCUGGGUGUUGAGUGCUUGAAGGGCUCCGGUCUCAUUGCCGGUGCUACCUCCAAGGCCUAUGAAGACAUCUUCACCAUCACCCUGGUCACUUGCCGUUCCGUUGGUAUUGGUGCCUACCUUGUCCGUCUCGGUCACAGAGCCAUCCAAGUCGAAGGCCAGCCGAUCAUCCUCACUGGUGCCCCGGCCAUCAACAAGCUCCUGGGCCGGGAGGUGUACACCUCCAACCUGCAGCUUGGUGGCACCCAGAUCAUGUACAGAAACGGUGUGUCUCACAUGACCGCUACUGACGACUUCGAGGGUGUGCAGAAGAUUGUUGAGUGGAUGUCCUUCGUUCCCGACAGGAAGGGCGCACCGAUCCCCAUCCGGCCCUGGUCGGACACCUGGGAUCGCGACGUGGCUUACUACCCGCCCAACAAGCAGCCUUACGAUCCCCGCUGGCUCAUUGCCGGUAAGGAGGACGAGGAAGGCUUCCUUCCUGGACUGUUCGACACUGGUUCCUUUGAGGAGGCUCUCGGUGGAUGGGCUCGUACCGUGGUUGUUGGUCGCGCCAGACUUGGUGGCAUCCCCAUGGGUGUGAUUGCCGUUGAGACUCGCUCCGUUGAGAACGUCACUCCUGCCGACCCUGCCAACCCCGACUCUAUGGAAAUGGUCAGCACCGAGGCUGGUGGUGUGUGGUACCCCAACUCCGCCUUCAAGACCGCUCAGGCGCUCCGUGAUUUCAACAACGGUGAGCAGCUGCCUGUGAUGAUCUUGGCGAACUGGAGAGGUUUCUCUGGAGGUCAGCGUGACAUGUACAACGAGGUUCUCAAGUACGGUUCCUACAUCGUCGAUGCCCUCGUCAAGUACGAGCAGCCCAUCUUCGUCUACAUCCCCCCUCACGGUGAACUCCGUGGUGGUUCCUGGGUCGUCAUCGAUCCUACCAUCAACCCGGAUCAGAUGGAGAUGUACGCUGAUGAGGAGGCCCGUGGUGGUGUUCUCGAGCCCGAGGGUAUCGUCAACAUCAAGUACCGCCGUGACAAGCAGCUCGACACCAUGGCUCGUCUGGACGCCACUUAUGGCGAGCUCCGCCGCUCUCUCGAGGACACCUCCCUCAGCAAGGACCAGCUGUCGGAUAUCAAGGCCAAGAUGGCUGCCCGUGAGGAGCAGCUUCUGCCCGUCUACUUGCAGAUUGCUCUGCAGUUUGCUGAUCUCCACGACCGCGCUGGCCGCAUGCAGGCCAAGAACACCAUCCGCCAGGCGCUCACCUGGAAGAACGCCCGUCGCUUCUUCUACUGGCGUCUGCGCCGCCGUCUCAGUGAGGAGCUCAUCGUCAAGCGCAUGGUUACUGCUGCUCCCAACCCUUCUGCUCGUGACGGCGCUGUUGCCAUCCCUGCUACCCCUGCCAGCGCUCCCGCAUCGACCGAAUCUCCCCGCGCUGUGCACCUCCGCACUCUGCACGGUUGGACCGGCUUCCUCGAGGAGGAGUUGGAGCACGAUGACCGCCGCGUGGCCACCUGGUAUGAGGAGAACAAGAAGGCGAUCCAGACCAAGGUUGAUGCGCUCAAGGCUGAGAGCAUUGCCACCGAUGUCGCCCAAUUGCUCAUCAACAACCGGGACGGUGCCCUUAAGGGUGUCCAGCAGGUCCUGAGCGUCCUUCCCGUGGAGGAGAAGGAGGCCGUCCUCAAGUUCCUGUCUUCCAACUAAGGGAGCUUUAAUCAAAAGCCCCAUGAACAAUAUUUUUACACUCGUUUUUCAUUCUCACUUCAACACAUUGAUAUAGCCACCUUUGGCAUCG